GAGUUCUUUGAAAUACUUUCCGAACUACAGGGAGAGAAUUGAAAUCAACAGAAAGUAUUUGCUGUUGAAAGGAAAAAAGCACCGGGGCCGCGACGGGACCUUCCCGGUGGGAGACAGAAAGCAAAGUGAAAGGGACAGUGUCUCCCCCAAAUACGGCCGGCCGCCCAGAGCCGCCUGCCCCGCCACCGCUCCUCCGUCGUCUCUUCUCUUUCCCUUUCCCUUCAAAGCUCCUCUUCUUCUUCUUCGUCACUUUCCUCAGAAACCCUAAUCGUCCAAUCCCUCGAUCCGAAUCCGAAAUGGACGAUUCGUUGAUGUUGAUGCUGUCGAACCUCCUCCACCUCCACACACACCUCGACCCCACCACCAACCUCCUCUUUGCCCCUUCCUCCGCCGCUUCCGCCGCCGCCUCCUGCUCCCCCACCUCCCCCCUCUCCUCCUCCUCCACCGCCGCGCCCCUACUGUUCCUCACCCUCGCCUCCCUCCUCUCCCUCUCCUCCCCCAAACCCUCCAAGCCAUCUAAACCCUCCAAGCGCAAGUCCCCUCCGGCAUCCCCUUCCCCGGACUUCUCCAUCUCCGCCUUCCGCGCCCUCUCCACCGAGCACAUCUGGUCCCUCGAGCCUCCCCUCCGCGACGCCCAGUGGCGGUCCCUCUACGGCCUCUCCUACCCUGUCUUCACCACCGUCGUCGACAAGCUCCGCCCUUUCAUCGCCGCUUCCAACCUCUCCCUCCCCUCCGACUAUGCCGUGGCCAUGGUCCUCUCCCGCCUCUCCCACGGCUACUCGGCUAAAACCCUAGCUGCCCGCUAUUCUCUUGACUCCUUUCUUGUCUCCAAGAUCACCAACAUGGUCACCCGCCUCCUAUCCACCAAGCUCUACCCUGAGUUCAUCAAGAUCCCCGUGUCCCGCCGCCGCCUGAUCGAGGCCACUCAGGCCUUCGAGGAGCUCACUUCCCUCCCCAAUGUCUGCGGGGCCAUUGACGGGAGCCCCGUCAAAAUCGGUCGCGUCUCCUCGAAUGCCUAUCGAUGCCGAUAUGGGUAUGACUCCGUUCUGCUCCAGGUUGUUUCCGAUCACAAGAAAAUGUUCUGGGAUGUCUGUGUUAAGGCCCCAGGGGGCACCGAUGAUGCCACCCAUUUUCGGGAUAGUCUGUUCUACAAUAGGCUGGUUUCGGGUGAUAUUGUGUGGGACAAGGCCAUCAAUGUCCGGGGUCAGCAUAUUCGACCUUACAUAGUCGGGGAUUGGUGCUAUCCCUUAAUGCCAUUCUUGAUGACGCCCUUCAACUCGAAAGGGACUGGGACUCCUGCCCAGAACCUCUUCGACGGUAUGCUAAUGAAAGGCAGGUCCGUUGUGGUGGAAGCUAUUGAACUUCUAAAAGGGCGGUGGAAGAUCCUGCAGGACUUGAAUGUCGGCCUUAAUCACGUGCCGCAGACGAUUGUUGCAUGCUGCGUUCUGCAUAAUUUGUGCCAGAUUGCGAGAGAACCCGAGCCCGAACUGUGGAGGGAGCCCGAUGAGAGUGGGGCCCCUACUAGACUGCUCGAGAAUGAGAAGUCCUUUUACUAUCAUGGCCAGAACUUGCGACAGGCAUUGGCUGAUGACUUGCACCACCGGCUCUCGGCAAGGUAGUAGAUUUGACGGUUUGUCAUCAAGCUAUGUAAGGAAUAAGGUUCUGUCUGGUCCUGACUGACCCGUUCACGAUAUGUUGGUGCUCUGUUUCUUGUCUUUGUUGAGUUUCCUGAUGUUUGAAGUAGAUGCGUUAUUAGGUAGUGUAAGUUGUGACUCUGUACGCUAACUUGGGGAUGGAGAUUCAUUAAAAGAAAUCUGUAAUGGUAGUUGCCUCGACUCGAUUGUUGCGUAUCA